AUGACGCUGGAAUCCAUCCAGUUGUUCUUGAAUGACGUCUAUGCCUAUGCCCAGUUGUUGACAGCUAUCAUUGGUCUACUGGCGAUCCUUAUUCCCAUUCUCAAGUCUUACUCUUUCUAUUACGACCUGAUCGACCUAUUAUGUGGGCUGCUUGAUGCUACAUUCGACCGCCUUUUACGCUUCGAUUUGCUUCCUUUUUUCUUGAGUGGCACGAUUACGACUUCGUAUGAUUCACAAGAGGGCGUUGUGUGUGUCGAAGGCUUGAAUAAGGAGGAGGAUGGUGCCAUAACAGCAGGCUUGGUGAACACCGGCAACUCAUGCUUCUUGAAUUCGGUAUUACAGGCUUUGUCCUCAUUACCACGACUUCAUGCAUACUUGAAUGAUCCACAGCGACAAACACAGCCUGUAUCACAAUCGUUAUUGAAAACAAUCCGACUCUUGUCAAGGCCACUUGAUCGACGCACAGCAUUUCGGCCGGUGGAUAUCGUUACUGCUCUCACCACUCAUCACAAUGUCAUCAUCAACCGUGAUCAGCAAGAUGCUCAAGAAUUCUUUCAAUUACUUUCUGGUGCUAUUGAUACAGAAUGCCAUCGUUUAUUUACAUCCAAAAGCGGCAUGGAGAGCUUGUUAUCAACAAAGAAAUCUUCAUCAGGAGUACCUUCAUCCCCAUUCACUGGCUUGCUGGCGAGUCGAUUAUCUUGUAUGCAAUGUGGAUAUACGGAGGCUAUACGGCAUUUUUCUUUCAACAACAUUCAGCUCAUGUUACCGCAUGCAUAUACCACCACGCUAGACGAAUGUCUAAGCCAAUUUACAUCCAUCGAAUAUUUACAAGACGCAACAUGUCGCCGAUGUUCAUUGAUAUCGACGCAUCGACAUUUAUCAGCCGAGAUCUCCAAAAUGAAAGCUGCUGAUAUACACAAGAAGAGGAAAAGGAAACGACGAUUACAGACUCUUGAAGAACGAUGCCGGAUCAUCGAACGACAUUUGCGAUCACGACGUAUCGAGAAUAAGUUGGAUGAAGAAGAGGAUGGGCAAGGAGAACAAUGGGUUCGAAAAACAGUGAGCAGGCUCACCAGCAAGCAAGUCAUGUUUGCCAAACCACCCAAGAUCCUAUGCUUGCAUUUAUCACGAUCAGCAUUUCAUUCAUCAGGUGCCGUCUACAAGAAUGGAUGCCGCAUUCUAUUUCCAGAAUACCUCGACUUGUCAGCAUAUACAACAAAUGGCACAUUAAGCACACAACCCAAUAUGCCUAUCUCAUCAUCAGCAUCUUUGGACACCAAGAAUGAUACCGAUACCAGCAUUAAGAAUGCUGCACAAUAUCGAUUGAUGAGCACGAUCGUUCAUUUUGGUAGUCACAGCUAUGGUCAUUAUGUGGCGUUCAAGCGGCGGAUCACUGUCGAUCAAUGUGUCUGUGCACACUGCAGCAGUAGCACCAGCAGCAAUGAGGAGAAACAGGAAUGUUGGCAUGGCAACAAUGACACGUGGUAUCGCAUAUCAGACACAAAGGUGGAUACUUGUUCUUUUGAUUACGUACAGCAAUCGAAUCCCUACAUGCUAUUAUAUGAAUUGAUGGAUGAAAAGGAUCCUGUGGUCAACGAGCUGAAUGUGGUUGGUGAUGAUGAGGAUGAACAACAAGAGGAGCCUAUUCCUAUCACUAAUCAUGUUGAGGAUGAUGAUGAUGAUGAUGAAGAGGAAGACGAAGCAAUCAAGAUUGCCAAUGCAUUAUUGAUGGAGGAUAAAGCGUUAUUACGACAACAGCAUGAAGCGGAAUAUGCGGCUGCCACCGCUGCUGCUGCUGCCACUGCUACAACGACCACUGCUGGGCGAAGAGGAUGGGCUACUGAAGAACAAAAGCAGCAGCAACCACCAACGUUGAUGGGCUUUUAG